AUGAAAAAGAUUGUCACUCCCAAAGCAAUCAAAAGUUACAAAGAAGAGGUUUUGAACCCAGAAAAGAAGAAUCUUAUGAAGGAAAAGUUACCCAGAAACAUUCCAAGUCAUUCUUCGGCACUUUUCUUUCAAUACAAUACUGCGCUGGGACCUCCUUACCGGGUUUUGGUGGAUACCAACUUCAUCAAUUUCUCAAUACAGAAUAAAUUGGAUCUGGAGAAAGGAAUGAUGGACUGCUUAUAUGCAAAAUGCACUCCUUGUAUCACAGACUGUGUGAUGGCAGAACUUGAGAAGUUAGGCCAAAAAUAUCGCGUAGCUCUAAGGAUUGCCAAAGAUCCUCGAUUUAAAAGAGUACUAUGUACUCAUAAAGGGACCUAUGCUGAUGACUGCCUUGUUGAGAGAGUUACUCAGCACAAGUGCUACAUUGUUGCAACAUGUGAUCGGGACUUGAAGAGGAGAAUUCGGAAGAUUCCUGGUGUUCCAAUAAUGUACAUCACCAAACACAGAUACUCAAUAGAGCGGUUGCCAGAAGCAACAAUUGGUGGAGGUAGAUAG